CAGUGUUCUUACAAAAUGGCAAAAAAUAGGAGGAGGACUAAACAAAAGAACAAGUUCUUCAAACGAAAUGGUGGUUUAUUGUUACAACAACAAUUAUCUUUACAUGAAGCUAAUGUUGAGAACACCAAAUUGUUUAGUUCAAAAGAUUUAUGCAAGGCCACUGAUCGUUUUAAUGUGAAUAGAAUACUUGGCCAAGGAGGACAAGGUACUGUUUACAAAGGCAUGUUAGCAGAUGGAAGAAUCGUUGCAGUGAAAAAGUCCAAGGUAAUUGAUGAAGGAAAACUUAGAGAAUUCAUUAAUGAAGUUGUCAUUCUUUCACAAAUUAACCAUAGGAAUGUGGUUAAGUUAAUUGGCUGUUGUUUGGAGACAGAAGUUCCUCUAUUGGUUUACGAAUACGUUCCUAAUGGAACUCUUUCUCAAUAUGUCAAUGGCCAAACUGAAGAGUUUCCACUAACAUGGAAUAUGCGCUUGCGAAUUGCAAUAGAAGUUGCAGGAGCUCUGUUUUACUUACACUCAGCAGCUUCCAUGCCCAUUUACCAUCGGGACAUUAAAUCUACAAACAUACUCUUAGAUGAUAAAUACAGAGCUAAAGUAGCUGACUUUGGGACUUCAAGAUCCAUCACUAUUGAUCAAACUCACUUAACCACACUAGUGCAUGGAACUUUUGGAUAUUUAGACCCUGAGUAUUUUCAGUCAAGUCAGUUUACAGAAAAGAGUGAUGUUUAUAGUUUUGGUGUCGUCCUUGCUGAGUUGUUAACUGGAGAAAAAGUGAUCUCUUCAACAAGAACACAAGAAUCCAAAAGUUUAGCCACAUAUUUCAUUCAAUCGGUGGGUGAGAACAAUUUGUUUGAUAUUAUUGAUAGUCAAGUUUUGAAGGAAGGCAAGAAAGAACAGAUCAUUGCGGUCGCAAACCUUGCAAAAAGGUGCCUGGACUUAAAGGGGAAAAAACGACCUACAAUGAAAGAAGUCGCAAUGGAGUUGGAAGCAGUUCAAAUGUUGCAAAAAGCUCCUAAACUCCAACAAAACUAUAAUGAGCUUGAAUAUGUCUGAGCAGAAAUGCACAGAUCAUGGGAUGUUGUUGCCUCAUCAACAAUUUCAACCUCAUUUGCAGACGCCCAACCAUUAUUAUAUUCUCAAUCAGUCUAAAUCAGUAUUUGCUUAAUGUCAUGUUGUAGGCUACAUAAUUUGCAGUUUAUGUUGUAUUCUACUA